AUGGCUGAGACACGAAAAUAUAGAAGUCGUAAGAGCCGGCCAUGUGAUUUCUGUCGGCGGCGACGCAUGGCGUGUCUGAGAAAAGAGAAGGCAGACAAGUGCGAGGGGUGUUGUCUUCGCAACCAGUCAUGCACGUACACUAUGGGCCCUAUCAAGAAGAAGCGUCCAGACAGCUGGAAGGUGGAGACGGCCAACCCUUGCAUUUUUCGACUCGAGCGACGACCAGACGUUGCUCCUGCCGAGAACAACGCAUUGGAGCUCCAUAAUGGCAAGACUAGCUUGUUUGUGGGAUUCAGUGGAGACCGGGAUCCGUGGCUGUUGAGAAGGAUCGGGGAGGCAGCAGGGGCAGAUUCAGGGACAACAUAUUUGCUGAAGAAUACUAGCACGCAGACGCCGAUUGUGUUUGCUAUGCACCCCACCGAGUAUCUCGAGCCGCGCCCGGGGUGCUACGAGGUAGAUGCCGUGAGGGAGGCGGCCAAGCCGGUAGAAGACAGCUUGUUGGAGACAUAUUUCUCCGUGGUGAACUCCUCGUAUCCCAUCAUGAACCGGUCAGUUUUCUAUGAGGAACUGCGCAACGGGACAAUCUCUGCGACUCUUCUUGCUUCGAUGUACGUGGUGGCGUAUCCGUUUCUCCCCGACAAAUCUGUGGUUGAGAAGAAGGCCGCAGACUGGUUCAAACUCUCAGACUUCACUGCGCGCGCUCUCCCGCUGGAGCAGGGAGCGUCGACCAUGCAGACCGUCCAGGCAACCCUUCUGAAGCUGCAUGAGCGCCCGAUGAUCAUUCGAGACGCCAACUUCCCGCGCCAUUGGGUACAGACAGCGUCUCUCGUUGCGUCUGCACAGGAACUGGGACUGCACAUUGACCCCGUCGGCUGGGACAUCCCAUGGCGAGAAAUCGCUAUGCGACGCAGGCUCUGGUGGCUGAUAUACGUGCACGACAAGUGGGAGAGCCUGGGAUUGUCGCGUCCUUCACACAUUCACAGCGACGAUUUCAGUGUCGGCGAGAUCAGCGAAAGCGACUACGAGGACACGGUUCCGGGAGUACGGAUGUUCCUUGUGAUGGUGCGCCUGACCAAAGUACUUUCCGAGCUGCUAACGCGAUUCUACACGGUCAAGGCUCUGCAGAGACCAGCUGAGGAGUCCAUGGCGAUCGGCGUCGAGCUCUUAAACAGGAUAGAUGCAAUCGACACAAUGUACUUUCCAGUCGCAAGCCCUGCCGGACCUAUGGCUUCGUUGGUGCUCGCGAAGACAACGCUGGCACUGUCAUGCUGUCGGUCAAUCCUCUACACAGAUACAGACGCGUGCUACGCGUCUCUGAGCUCACGGGCUCUAAACUACUGCAGCGAGUUCAACGUGUUUCUUACGGGCCUGCAGUUUGACGGCUUCUGGUGGUGCUACUCGCAGAUGAACUUCUCAAUUGUAGGUACCUGUAUGGUUGCCUUCUACGUAAUUGCACAAUGCAAGGUUGACGGCGAGGCUUGGAAGAGCCAGGUCGAGUGCUACCGCAACAAUCUGUCCGCGCUGGCCAAACAAACACACGUGACGCAGCUUGCCUUGAUGCGUCUCGAUGCGUUGUACGAAAGGAUCCGCAAGCGGACAGGAGGCAAUGUCCCGAAGAGAGUGGUGGCAACGGACGAAGACCUCUUUGGUGAGUGGUUAGCAAACAACGGAUUCUAG